UGCACACAAAUAGGAGACCCUGCAAACCCUCAGCUUGUUAAAGAUGGGGACAUUGUGUUAGGAGGACUUUUUUCUUUCCACACCAACUGGGUAGAAAGAAAGAAAACCUACAUGGAAAAGCCCAAGCCACUGCAAUGCAUUAGUUUGAAUUUCAGAGAGUUCCAGUUAGUCCAGGCUAUGCUUUUUGCCAUUGAGGAGAUCAAUAACAGUUCAGACCUACUACCAGGCGUAUCUCUGGGAUAUAAAAUAUACGAUACAUGUGGAUCCAUUGCAAGAAGUGUGAAAGUCACACUGGCCUUGGUAAAUGGUAAUAAAAUGGUGGCUUCGCCUUCAAAGGCAUGUACAAGUCCUUCAAAUGUGCAGGCCAUAAUCGGAGAAACAUCUUCUUCUCCUUGUACUGCAAUAGCCACUGUUAUGGGUCCAUUUCACAUCCCACUGAUCAGCCACUUUGCCACAUGUGCUUGUCUCAGUAAUAAAAUCAAAUACCCCUCAUUUCUUAGAACCAUACCCAGUGACUAUUACCAGAGUAGAGCCCUUGCACAGCUGGUAAAGCAUUUUGGUUGGACAUGGGUUGGAGCUGUAAGGUCAAAUGAAGAUUAUGGCAAUAAUGGCAUGGCCACCUUCAUAGAAACUGCACAGAAGUUGGGCAUAUGUGUGGAAUAUUCUGUAUCUUUCUUUAGAACUGACCCAUCAGACAAAAUACAAAAGAUAAUUAAUACUAUUAAAGCUUCAACUUCAAAAGUAAUUGUUACCUUCCUCUCCCACAUGGACUUGGAUAUAUUAUUACAUGAGUUGUCUGGUCACAACUUGACUGGCUACCAGUGGGUGGGAACUGAAGCUUGGAUAUUUGAUUCUAAAACUGCGGAAGGAGAUGUUAAUCACAUUUUAGAUGGAGCCAUAGGCCUUUCCAUCCCCAAGGCAAAUGUGACUGGUCUGAAAGAGUUCAUGCUGGAUGUGAGGCCACUGAACUCAUCAAAUGCAGACUUAUUUACUGAGUUCUGGGAAACAUUAUUUAGCUGUAAUUUCAAACCGUUAAAAUCCACAGAGAAUUAUAGAACAUGUACUGGAAAGGAAGACAUAAAUAAAGUGGAAAACAGUUUCACUGACAUGUCGCUCAUGCCCAUAUUCAACAAUGUCUACAAAGGAGUGUAUGCAGUGGCCAAUGCCCUACACAAAAUUAUGAGCUGUAACAAAUCAUGUAAUAAAAAUAUGCAACUCGACCCUUAUACGAUUUUACAGCACAUAAAGGGAAGUAAUUUCAAAACAAAGGAAGGUGAUCAUGUUUACUUUAAUGAGAAUGGAGAUCCUGCUGCAAUGUAUGAAAUCAUAAACUGGCAGCCAGGCGAAAAUGGUACUGUUGACUUUGUGACGGUUGGUCUGUAUGACGCAACAUUACCAACUGACAGACAAAUGAAUCUGUACAACAAAACCAUCAUUUGGAUGCAAAACUCUUUGGAGGUCCCACUGUCAGUUUGCAGUAAGAAAUGUCCCCCAGGAACACGAAAGGUUCUCCUGAAAGGAAAGCCUGUGUGCUGUUAUGACUGUAUUAGGUGUGCCGAAGGAGAAAUUAGCAACAGCACAGAUUCUGUGACCUGUGUGAGAUGUCCCCCUGAAUCCUGGUCAAAUGACAGAAGGGAUGCUUGUAUAAAGAAGAAGGCUGAAUUUCUAUCUUAUGAUGAAAUCAUGGGAAUAUUACUCACUGUUGCCUCUUUAUUUGGAACAACCACUACUUCUUUGGUGGCAUUUAUUUUCUAUAGAUACAGGAAAACUCCUCUCGUAAGGGCAAACAACUCUGAGUUGAGCUUUCUCCUCCUUUUCUCCUUGACUCUGUGUUUUCUCUGCUCCCUGACCUUCAUUGGACGGCCCUCUGAAUGGUCCUGCAUGCUGCGUCACACAGCAUUUGGAAUCACCUUUGUCCUCUGUAUUUCCUGUGUCCUGGGGAAAACUAUAGUGGUUUUGAUGGCAUUUAAAGCCACGCUCCCAGGCAGAAAUGUGAUGAAAUGGUUUGGGCCUGCACAGCAGAGACUCAGUGUUCUGGGUUUUACUUUUGUGCAAGUGAUCAUAUGUAUCCUCUGGUUAACAAUCUCUCCUCCUUUUCCAACCAAGAACUUUAAAGAGUAUAAAGACAAAAUCAUUUUGGAGUGUGCUUUGGGGUCCUCAGUGGGUUUUUGGUCUGUGCUUGGUUACAUUGGACUUCUCGCAAUGCUGUGUUUCUUUUGUGCUUUUCUGGCUCGUAAACUGCCUGAUAAUUUUAACGAAGCUAAAUUUAUUACGUUUAGCAUGCUUAUAUUCUGUGCUGUUUGGAUUACUUUUAUCCCGGCAUAUGUCAGCUCUCCCGGAAAAUUUAGUGUUGCUGUAGAAAUCUUUGCCAUUCUCGCCUCUACGUUUGGACUCUUAACUUGUAUCUUCAUUCCAAAAUGCUAUGUUAUGUUACUAAAACCAGAAAAAAAUACAAAAAAACAUAUAAUGGGAAAGGGACAGUCAAAAUAA